CAUGCAUCUAUCAAAAGUGAUGUAUCGCUCGACGUCCUAAACUCUGCCAUCGAAAGCAAGAGCAUCGGUGUUGUGUCAUUAACCAGUCUGGCUGGCAAGCAGCUAAUAUAUAUAGUGAACUAUAUUCUAAAACCAAAACAAUUAUUUGUGGUGGAAGAAAAAGGCAUUCAAUGCCACCCAGUCAAUAGCAUAACUAGGUCUGUGAACUCCAUACUGGCGGAUGUCCCUUCAUAUUCAAAGCUGCAUUAUUAGCAUUUAGGACGAGUGUUGGAACAAAUUGCUAGAUUUUUAAGAUGGUGAUGGUUUACGUCGUGCAUUUUGAAUUCAGUUCUGAAGGAUUCUUAUGAUGAAUUGUUAUAGUUAGACAUUAUACUGCAUUUGAGCCAUAUUGUGAUCGAGGGAAGGUAUAAGAAGAAAAAAUGGAUAUUCUCAUCGAGCCGGACUGCUACAAGGUCUGCCGCAUCUGCAUGGAAAACUGUGAGGAUGACUUUGUGUGCGUGUACGAUGAGUUCGAAGAUAACAUCCUGAUGGAUGUUAUUGCCGAGUGUGCCCGCGUCGAGAUAAGGAAAAAUGAUGUACUGCCACGGAACGUAUGUCGGAAUUGUGCUGAAUAUAUGAUUAUUGCCUACCACAUCAUCCAAAAGUGUCGAGAGUCAGAUCAAACAUUGCGCUCAAUCUUCAAGCAUGAGAUCGAUAUCCGAACCCGCAAAAACGAGGAGAAGAUAUUCAGUGCGAACGAGUUGCACGAGGAUGAUCUCAAUGCGGAGGAAUAUGAAUUUCUACUGUCGGAGGCGUAUGACAACAUGAUACUAGAUAACGUAGAUGAUCUGAUAGGCGAACAAGUAGACGAACUGCCGAGCGACUUUCCUGAUAUGGGCCAUGCUGAUGAUGAGAAUACUCCUCCAUUGAUUUUAAGCGUCAAAGUAGAGCAAACGCAGAUAGGAAAUCCCCUGAAUGAUCAACAACAUGAACAAGUGGAACAGUCUCCUGUUGAAACAGUCAAAACAAAGAAGUGCUGUGGUUGUAAACAAGAGUUUCAAACGGAGGCUGAACUUAUAAACCAUAGCAACGCAGUUCAUUUCAGCGAGCGCGCCAAUAUUGAUGACCCCACCAGGCCUUUUCGAUGCAACUUUUGCUACAAAUCGUUUGUGACACUGCAGCAUCUGAAGGAACAUCACCGAAUAGCUAUCCGUAGAUACUUUUGUCGACAAUGCGGUAAAGGUAAGGCUUCAAUCGACUUCUCACCACUGGACCAUCUCAACACAGGUAAUCUUUCCCGGACAGGUUUCAUGACCCAAUCGAAUCUGGAGAACCACCAAAAGUGCCACUACACGUCUGCCGGUACGAAAAAAUGCUGCGGAUGUCGCAGCGAGUUCGAAAACGAAGAAGCACUCACAGCACAUUCUCUCCAAGUGCACAAGCCCGAGCAACUUUACGAUCCUAGAAAACCAUUCGAAUGCACCGUUUGCUACCGCCGCUAUCCAACACGCAAGUCUCUGGUCAGCCACAAGCGUCUAAACCAGCAACAUCGCUGUUCACACUGCGGCGAAAUUUUCGCAAAGAGAAUCUUCCUCACGAUCCACGAACGCAGCUAUCAUCCGGAUGUUCCCAAGGAAGAAGACCCCAAACGGCGCUGCUGCGGUUGCUACCUAGAGUUUCCAAACAUGGAACAACUGCAGCAGCACGCCUCUGCAACGCACAAGCUUCAGCGCAACCAGAUUGCCGACGAGACAAAGCCCUUCGAGUGUGACAUCUGCUGCAAGCGUUUCAAUUCCAACUUCAAUCUGCACCACCACCAGAAGAAGGCCAACCAAGGCCGACGCUACGUGUGUGAAGUUUGCGGCCGGUCGUUCAACCGGGCCUUCGACAAAGCCAACCACGCAACCACCCAUUCCAACGAGAUGCCUUUCGCGUGCGACAUCUGUGGCCGCCGGUUCAAGAACAAACUCUACCUCAAGAACCACCACAAACUGCAUACCUCCGGCGAAACGAAAGAAUUCGCCUGUCCCGAGUGUGGCAAAUGUUUCCGCACCAAGGAUCUCCUGAAAACUCAUUCCAUUACGCACAGCGAAGAGCGUCGGUUCGUGUGCAGUCUCUGUUCCGCCACGUUCAAGCGGAUGCAGUGCCUUAGAAUCCAUCUCAAGAUCCACAACAAGGAGAAACCGUACGGGUGUACGCUCUGCGAGCGACGCUACACCCAGUCGUCGGAUCUGAAGCGGCACAUGCUGACGCACAGCACCGGUGACGAGGCGAGACCCUUCCAGUGCCAGUACUGUCUGAAGCGUUACCCUCGUAAGGAUUAUCUGAAAAUUCACGUCCGGAAGCAACAUUUGGAGAAGGCAGAUCUUACACUGAUCGAAGAGAUGGCAUUCGAGCUGCGGGAUCACGGAGAUGAAAGUGAUUUUUUACUGAUUUGAAUUAUCUUUUAUUUUUUCAUUCUACGGACAUUAGGUUUUUAGAAAUCGAUUAAUAAUAUGGCAAUAAAAUGCAGAAUUUUAUUCGUUUGUA